AGGCGGAAGUGGGGCGGGUGUUUGUUGUUGUUUAGGGAAGCAGUCGGCAUUUGAGUUACUUACUUAGCUGGGAUUUACACAUUUAAUCCUACAAGAUGUGUUUUAUUGCCCUGAAUUAAUGUACGCGAACAUUUCAGACUACAAAGAAGACAGAUAGCUUGUACUGUUGUUGUUGUUUUGUUGUUGUUUUCCGUCAGCUAGCGUUAGCUUAAACGGAGAAUGGGUAAAAAGUCAAAGAAGAGAAAGCGCAAGAAGUUGUCUUCAUCCUCGAGUGAAGAAGAUGAGAAGACAUCCGAGGAACACGAUGUUUCCAGAAAUCACAAAAGUGCCAAGAAAAAGCGAUAUGUCAACACUCAAGAAAGCUGUUCCACAAAAGAUGUCUCCCAAAACACCCGUCAGAUCAAAAAGCCUGUCUACAGACCGACAAAAACACAAGCAACAGACCAGAAUCCGGUUAACAAGGAAGAAGAAUGUAGAAAAAGAAAAAGUGCUGUGUCAUCCCAGUGGCAUUGGUCCAGUAAUGCUAAAACGUAUAGUUCAGGGAAAGAUUAUACUGUCAGUGGGAGUGAGACUGGGGAAAAGGGAUCCUCAAAACCUACAAACACCAACAAUGCAGGUGCAGUUCCUCAGAGAACAGAGGAGACUUCUAAAGUCAGCUUAGAGGAAAAGUCUUCCCAUUGGAGCCCAUCCAAAUUAAAAGAGCAGCUAAGGAGUCCCAGUCUGGUUUCUGCUGAACAGAGAGAAAAGGUGUGUUUUGUACUGAAGAAGAAGUGCAGAGCUGAGAAGACUGGACAUGACAGCAGCACUAUCAAGACCAGGGAACCAAGCAAGACCUCCUCCGUCUCCAAGGAUUCUGUGGAGCGGAAGAGAAGGGAGCUGGUGAAGGAAAAGUGCAAACGGCAACAAGAAAAUAAGUUUACAGCCCCAAGGAGCCUGUGUACAGAAGCAAAACCUCCCUCUGCAUCUGCCACAAAGCCUUCCACUCCAGCCAAGCACACUACCUCAGUUAGCAGCUCAAAUGUGGAGAAGAAUGUCACUUCGAUCCCAGGGAAUAUCACACCAGUGUCACAUAAGACUGCUAAGUCGUCAUCUGCUCAGCAACAAGUAUGUUCAGUCCCAUCACCUGUGCCUAUUAAGUUUAAAAUACCAAGAAAGGUUCAAGCAAGGCCAGUAGAGAGUAGCACCAGUGAGGAAAAUGAUCCUGUUUCUACAACCAGAAAUCUCCAACGUGGGACUGAGCUUUCAAACUCAGGGGCCUCAGUUGGCAACUCCAAGCAGGAAACUGUCCAACAAGCUCACAGCUGUUUGGAUUUUACUCCUAGUUUUCCAUCUCAAGGACAAGAUAAGAGGUCAUCUCUGUCAGGCCAACUCCCAGUUUCGUAUGAUACAGUCACAGAGCCGUGGUGUGACCAGAUGCAAGUGGUUGAAGAGCUUCAUCUCGCCCGCUCUGAGAAGAGAUUGGAGCUGAAUGUAAUGCAGAGCUAUGGGGAACUCACCUGUAUGGACAUAGACCCACCAGAAGAUGGCGCUGUAGACACACACUGCAAACAACCCCCUCAGCAAGACCUCAUCCUUGUUUUGGACACCAACAUUCUCCUCAGUCACCUGGAUUAUGUGAAAAAGAUCAUAUCUCGCGGCCUUGGAGCCGUGGGCUUCCCUGUAGUCCUGAUCCCCUGGGUGGUGCUCCAGGAGCUGGAUUCCCUAAAAAGGGGGAAAGGCCUGUCAGGUUCUGUGGCCCACCUUGCCACCCCUGCCAUCUCCUACAUUUACACCUCGCUGAAGAGCCGGGAACCUCACCUCUGGGGGCAGUCUAUGCAGCAGGCCGCCGGGAGCAACUAUGGUCUUAAUGCUGAGAAUAAUGAUGACAGAGUGCUGCAGUGCUGCCUGCAGUACCAGAGUCUGUACCCAGAGUGUGCUGUCAUCCUAUGCACCAAUGAUAAGAACCUAUGCAGUAAGGCCCUCUUGAGUGGGGUGAGGGCCCUCAGCAAGAAUGAUCUGGAGGCAGAGGUUGGGAGAUCUACACAUGGCUUUCAUCCUCUAAUAAACAUUAAGACUUCCAUGCCACCUCUCAUCAGCCCUCAGGUCUCGUCACCAAUGCUGAACAUGAACUAUACAACAGUCCAGCCACACAGUCAAGAGAGAACAGGCCUUUCUGUAGGACUCGUAGAGAAAGAUAACAAGCGGCUGAGCAAAAGAGAGGAUGAAGAGAAGACAAAAUGUCUUAGUGGAUGUGUUUCUGAAUUAGAAGACUGCCUGCGAGAGGUGCUGUCUGAUGUUUUAGAGGUGGAAAUGAAGGCCGCUUAUGAUGACCUCUGGCUAGAGAUAGUUUAUCUAAAACCACCAUGGACUCUGCAAGAUGUCCUGCAGUGUUUGAAAAAGCACUGGAUUGCUGUCUUUGGGGACAUCGUCCCACGCAGGAAACUGCAAACUGUUUUAAAUCUCAUUGACUUCUUCAACUCAGGUAUAACAGUGGACUGUAGCACUACCUUAACCGCCCUCCAAGAAGCAAAGGAGCUUGUGAAAGCAUUUCGGAAAAGUUCAAGCCGUGUUCCCAGUGCCAUCUCCUUAAUGGACAACAUUUUCAAUAAGCUACAACCGCAGGGGGAAUCUCCUGCCUCUGAUGUUGUCAUGAAUGACGAUGAAGAUGAAGACAAACAACCCACGGCUGCUCCGGUCUCUCACCUGGAAGUGUGGGCCGUGUUUGAGAACAUCUGGUCUAAUGUGUGUCAAAUAAGCUUGGAAGUGUUCAAAGCUCUAGGCUUUGACCCUCACGCUAUGCUGAACGCUCAACCAGUGGGAGGUCCUCCACCACCACAGGAUGCCUUGGUCUGUUUGCACAAACUGUCCUCCAUGGUCUCACAGCUGCUCCAAGCCUUCAGCAGCGUCUUGUCCUCAGCCCCUGGUUUGGAGGAAGUCCAGACACUGCUUGGCAUCAUCGACUCUAAUAAGAUUGUUAAUGUGGAUUCCAGAUUGACAGCCAAUGACCUUCUUGAUUGUUUCUCACAACAAGACUACAGGGAGAAGCUGAGAGUUGGAGGGAACCAGUUAAUGGAUCUAAAAGGGGCCCUGGAUCGUUGUGUUGGGAGCGUUGGUCAACAUAUCACCUUUACCACGUAGUCCUGAUUGGACUCAGCCGAGCAGAACCCCCCCGAAUAAUCUGAUUACUUGAAGAAAAAACUGUAAGUUAAAGGGAUAUCUGCCCGCACCGUGUCCCUGGUGACUGAAGCUGUUUACCUUUUUUGUUUUUUCUGACACGUUGUCGUGUCCCUGAAGGAAUGGAUGUCUGUGUAUGUUCUCCAUCAUUCUUAUACUUCAUACAGCAUCUGGCUGAUUAUUAGUCUGUUUAAUUCAACUGCAUCAAGUACUGUUUUCAACGUUCUCCAAUAUUCCUUACUCUAUUUUACACAAGGUUGUCAUCUUUCCCCUUUCACAGGGCUUUUUAUGUCUCAGUUCACUGGGUCUAUAAACAUUUCUGCACAUAAAAUAUUGCAUUAUUUUGUUGAAAGGGAUCUAAUCACAGCACUGGUUUUCAUUAUUAUUAUUUAUAAUUUUAUAUUUGCUUUUAAAACAGUUUGUAACAUGGUGUACAAACACAUACGUUUUUAUGGUUAUUUAGUAAUAGCAACAAUGUUUGAAGGUACCCAACCAGCCAACAAUGGCAGACAGCCUUUUUUUAAUGACUAUAAAUAACUAUAUUUUAAUGUCUGUUCAUUAUAUUUUAACCCAGACCCUGUUAAAGUGUUGUUUCCCAUUAUUUAUGAUACAUGUUCAACUUCACAGAGCGUUUCAGUUUAAAACACUACACCUUCUCAGUGGUCUUAAAGGAAUAGUACGACAUUUUAGUAAACACACCUUUUCACUUUCUUGCUGAGAGUUUGAUGAGAAGAACGAUACAACUCUCAUAUCAGUCCAUUAAAUAUGAAGCUAGAGCUAGGAGACAAUUAGCUUAGCUUAGCAUAAAGACUGGCAGCAGGGGGAAACAGCUAGCCUGGCUCCGUCCAAAUCCACCUACUAGUUUACGAAUUAACACAAACCAAGUGUAAAAAUGACAGAGCUUUGGUUUUUAUGUGCUGCUUAUUUCUUGGCCAGGAAGAGUAACUUCCUUGAGUCUUGUUGUCACCGUGAGGUUGCCAGGAAACCACUAGAAACUCCAGCAAGUCACCACAGCCCUCUUAACUUUACUCUGUUACAACCCGUUCACUUUGCAAACCUUAAGCGAAUAUAAUAUAUUUAUCCAGCCACAGGCUGUAUCUUUAAAGGCACUUUAUCUCCCCACAGGCGUCCUCUGUUUGCCUGGAAAGAUUAAAACGUCUACCCAGGACGAAACCAACAUUUAGAUGGAGAUGCACAGUCUUAAGUGUAUGAUUUAAACAAUCAUUUUAGGUUGACCAUAGAUAUCAGUGAGAUCAUGAAAAUAUGAAGAUGCAGCUUGCUUUUGCCUGCUGGAUAACAGGUGAAAAGACAAUGUGUUUUGGUUUUUCACCUAAGCUAAAGCUAUGUGACCAAAUUACAACAGUAAUGUACAUCACACACACACACACAACUCCCAUGAAGCCAACUCUUCUUACUCUUGGAUUUUGUGCAGAUUAAAUAAACAAGAUGUAACACGUUGAGCUUUAGAGUUGCUGGCAGGCAGAUUUUGUUAUCAUUGGAAAAAGCCAGUCUGACUGUUUCUCCAGUCUUUGUGCUAAGCUAAGGUAACUGUCAUCACAUUUAGCUUACGGAUGUGAAAGAGUUAUCGAUCCUUGCGUCUAACCUUUGGCAAGAAAGCGAAUCAUCUUUUAAAAAGUGCCGAACUAUUCCUUUAAAGUGAGUCCAAUGAGACUGACUGCCCUCUGAGCUUCUUGUUUACAAAAUCAUGAUGUUUGAAAGCCAACUGCUGCACUGUUAAAGUGUCCCAGUGAGAAGCUGAAACUGAAUGGCUAUUUCUUUGAAAACCGAAGCAAUUGGUGAGUUUGUGUCAUGCACAAUCAACAAAUAACAUUUCAGUAAUCUUGUUUGAAAACCAGUGAACCUACAUUUUCAGCUUUUUGCUAGUUUUAGUUGAUUUUUAAGUAAAAAUGUAAAUAAUUUGAGAACAAAAUAUAUUUUAUGUGAAAGAGUUAAAUAUUUGCAACAAAUUAAAUGAUUUGAAGUCA